AUGAUGACAAUGCUCAAGCAGUCGUCAACAGGCUUCGUCGCCCCGAGAGCCCGUCCCAAGACGUUGCUCUUCCUCGCCCUCGCCGUUGUCUCCGUCUACUUCCUUGCCACCCGCGGCGCGCCCGCGGGAUACCACGUCGUGCCGUGGAACCACGAUGGCGUCGCUGCCCCUCCUCCUGCCGCCGAUAAGGCUCCCGAGCAGCCUGUGAAGCCCGCCGAGCCUCCCAAGUCGGACGAGGAGAAGAAGCAAGAGGAGGAGAAGCAGAGACAGGAAGAGGAGAGGUUGAAGCAGGAGAGAGAAAAGUACGAACAGGCCCUCCGAGAUGAGUUCGCGGCUGAGUACGAAGCCGCCAAGAGGCUUCCCGGGAAUGACUACAUCUACGGCAACACGCUCAAUUCAUUGACCAACAAGGACAACCGAACCGCCGAGCACGCUGCCGCUCUCCGCGAUGUUGGCGCCCAGGACGUCGCCUACACGAACCUGCGACCCGUUGCCUACAACCCGUACCCCGAAUACAACGGCGAGGAAUGGAACAAGACGCACCGCGCCCCGUAUGUGCCAUGCAUUGGAGCGACCGGCGAGGUCGUUGAGGACCUCUUGGUCUUCAAGGGCCAGCCCCAGAAGUUCCCCGCCACUGGCUUCGGCGGCUUCGAUGUUAUGAACAUGGACGGCAACAUUUGCUACGAGCGCGAGACUCGUCUGGGACCCUACGGCUUGCUUCCCCAGCUCAGCAAGGCCGGCCUUCGCAUUGAUUGGGACAAUAUCAACUGGGGUGAUCUGCAGGAGAAGUGCAUCGAGAGAAACGCUGCUAGAUUCGACGAGGGCAAGCCCAACGAGUACAUCAAGACAGCCUAUGCCGACAUCGCCGAGAAGUACGGCAAGGAGGUUGACGAAGAGCUCGAGAAGCGCGGUUUCACCAAGUCGAAGGAACCCAAGGCGAAGAAGGCCGAUUCCCGAACCGCCGUUCUGCUGCGAUCUUACACCGGAAAGAAGUACAGCGAGAACGACAAGCAGGUCAUCCGCGCCCUCAUUUCCGAGCUUUCUCUCCGAUCCGGCGGUGAAUUCCAGGUUUUCCUGCUGCUGCACGUCCGAGAACAGGAGCUCGACAUUUUGAACGACGAGGCGACCUACCAGUACGUCCUCAACGAGCACGUGCCCCUCGAGUUCCACGGCAUCACGAAGUUGUGGAAUGAUAAGGCUGUCUGGGAUAUUUACACCGCUCUCACCGACGACAACGAGAGAAGCGUACACUCCGCUCAAUGGCUUUCUGUCCAAAAGUUCAGCCAGGACCAUCCCGAGUUUGACUUCAUCUGGAACUGGGAAAUGGAUGCCCGCAUCGUCGGCCACCAUUACGAUUUCCUGAAGCGUCUUGACGAGUUCUCCAAGAAGCAGCCUCGCAGAGGUCUCUGGGAACGCAACGAGCGCUACUACAUCCCCGACUACCACGGUGACUACGACAACGACUUCCGCAAGGACGUUGAGAAGCGCACCCGCGGCAACCAGGUCUGGGGUCCCCCCAAGCGCGGCUUCAUCAACCCUGUCGGUCCCAAGCCUCCCGUCGAGAACCCCGAGAAGGACCCCUACAAGUGGGGAGUUGGUGAGGAUGCGGAUAUGAUCACUGUUGGCCCUAUCUUCAACCCUAUCAACAGCAGCUGGAUCAUCUCCGACCACAUCUGGGGUUACAGAGACGAGGAGCACCCCGACCCCGCGAAGACCCUCCCCCGCCGCACCACCAUCGUCACCCAAUCUCGUGUUUCGAAGCGCUUGUUGGACAUCAUGCACGUAGAGAACCUCCGCGGGAACCACAUUGCUUCCGAAAUGACGCCUCAGACCGUUGCCCUCCUUCACGGCUUCAAGACCGUCUUUGCCCCCCACCCCACCUGGUUCGACCGCCCGUGGAACGGCACCUUCCUCGCCAAGUGGUUCAACCCUGGUCCCCGUGGUGAGAGCGGUGGCGAGGGAAGCCCCAUGGGCUGGGGCAGAGAGCGUAGAUACCAGGGCAUGACCUGGUACUACCGCGCUGAGCCUCCCGCGAGGCUGUACAACAACUGGAUUGGAUACGAGGACACCUCGUAUGGAGGCAAGGAAUGGGAGCGGACACACGGCCGUCCCUGCUUGCCGCCGAUGAUUCUUCACCCAAUCAAGGAGGUCAAGCCGACAGAGAAGGGCUUCAAGACUAAGUUUGAGCUGUUCUACGGCUGA